AUGUUAUGCCAGAACUAUCUCAAGCUCUGGGAUCGGGAAAUCACGAAUGCUCAUGGAGCUGCACAUGAGACAAUGCUGACCUCGCUCCAAAACAUUCUUACCAGGGAGAAAUGCAAGGAAGCAGAAGUCCUUGGACAUUGGCACGAGAGGAUGGAGGGAGGCAAAUUACGACAUGACUAUGCUGCAACCCAGAAAAGUCCGAAGCGCAGAGACAGGAAUGAAUAUGAUAACUUCAUCGAGCAGGCCAGGGACUUUUAUCAGAAACAUGCAAAAGAAGCUGUUGGCAACCUCAUGAAGUUCAUUAGCAACCUUGCCUCUAACCCACCAUGCAUGACAUACUUCUAUGAAGCUCACAAGCUGGAGAUAUGUUUCUGGAUUAUGUUACAUUUAUUGUACAAUCAAGACAAUUCCCUAAAAAUGUGCAUAACAGAUUUUGCGCCUCCUGAAGACAUAUGCCAUCAAGGAGACCAAAACUUUGAAAAUUCCGACGAUUGGUGGCAUGAAAUGUUGCCCAAGGAGGGUGAUGGACUGGUGGAUCUUGCUGUCAUCAAGCUCACUGCUAGUGAAGAAUUUAGUGCUGAGGAUGAGCAUCAUGUAUUUUCUGUGCUUGCACAGCGGAUUUGUCUUUAUCCUGUCCUGGAAAUUGCUGAGACCAUCAAAUUGGUUGAUCAGAGCGUCUCCCAUCACAUGAGACUUAUCACAGGCAUCUCGGCUGACAAUAUGAUGUUUUGGGCCUCAACGAUGGAUGUCAGUUGA